AUGCCGAAUUUAGAUGACCUGUUCUUCCACAUCGGAGAUUACGGACCAUACCAAAGGAGAAUCACUGUCCUCGGGUCUCUGCCGGUGCUGACCUUCGCGUUCGUCCUCGUAGGAGUCGUGUUCUUGGGGAACACCCCCGUACACUGGUGCCGGACCUCCGGGACAGAGCACAUCCAGGAUGAAUGUGACUGGACAGACAAGGAGCUGCGUGAACUCACCGUCCCGCUGUUGGAUGAGUCGGGACAGGGCGCAUUGGGCACCUACAUCCGCUGCCAGAGGUUCGAUGUGGCCUGGAAGUUCUGGAACGGCAGCCAGAGCAACUGCAGUGACCUCAUCGACUGGCCCUUGAUUUCUAAUCUCACCCAGUUACCGGUAGUCGCGUGCGAUAGCGGCUGGGUGUUUGAUCCGUCUCGCACUACUAUCGUUUCAGAGUUUUCCUUAGUGUGUGAGGAUUCAUGGCUUGCAGAUUUGAUUCAGGUGUCCCUGGCUGGAGGGUUCUUCAUUGGUGCUUUUGUCACUGGAUACUUGGCAGACAGGUUUGGAAGGAAGCCCUGUUUCAUCCUGUCUAUGUUUGGCCUGGGGGUGUCAGGGAUAGUUGUGAUGCUGUCACCCUCUUACCCCCUGCUGCUGCUCUUCAGAGUUCUCCAGGGCUUCUGUUGCAAGGGAGCAUGGACAGUCAGCUAUGUGUUUAUCAUUGAGUUCUUUGGCUCAAACAACCGGAAGUUUGUCUCAUUGCUGUCCCACACCUUUUAUUCCACUGGGAUGGCCAUCCUACCUCUCUUGGCAUACUUCUUGCCCUCCUGGAAAACCUUGCAGCUGGCCAUGAGUCUCCCCUGCUUCAUCUUCAUCACUUACUUUUGGCUCAUUCCAGAAUCUCCUCGCUGGUUGUUGUCACAACGAAGAACCAAAGAGGCUAUGAGGAUCGCUAAAAACAUUACCAAGUGCAAUAAGAGAACUGUCCCAGAGAAUUUUAGAGAGUUUGAUCCUCUGGAGGAGAAGCAGGAGCAGGAGGCAGAGAUAAGUCGUCCGUCAUUCAUGGAUCUGUUUAGGACGUCCAACAUGAGGAGAAACACUCUGAUCCUCAUCUACGCUUGGUUCACGAGCGCAGUGGUUUUUCAAGGUUUGGUUCUCCGCCUAGCGAUCACUGGAAACAAUAUCUUCCGGGAUUUCUUCAUCUCUGCAGCCGUGGAGCUGCCCAUCGGCCUCAUCUUCUACCUGUUGGUGGACAGGGUUGGACGGAGACCUCUCAUGGCUGUGUCUAACUUCAUAGGAGGAGUUGCCUGCCUCAUAGUGCCCUUCGUCUCAGUAGACUAUCUGUGGCUGAAGAAAGCCAUAGAAAUCAUUGGGAGGCUUUCUGUCGCCAUUGGAUUUGAGACGGUCAAUUUUGCCAACUCUGAGCUGUACCAAACACCUCUCAGUCAGGACAUGUUAGUGUUAGUGUUUGUGUUAAUGUGAAUGUUAAUGUUAAUGUUAAUGUUAGUUGUUUAUGUUAAUGGUGUGAUGGACAGGGUGGUGUCUGCAGCAGGGGCCAGUGCUGAUGAGGUGGUGCAUAGUGAAGGGCGGGAUCUCCAGCGGGAGGAGGGGCCAGAUCUCCACCUCCCCUUCCUGCUCUCUGAGGAGGGCUAUGACACGGUCAGAGGCAUCCCACAGGGCUUCAGAGGGUUCCAAGAGCCUAUCUUUAAUGUUGCCAAGCCGAGGGCAGCAUACCAUGAUGAUCUGGAUCUAACCAACUGGUUUAUGAUUCCCUCAGCAUUGGAUGGUAGUGGCCCUGCUAAGCCCAACGGUGUGGGUUGCAGAGUCCAGGAGGACAUCAGAGGUGAUGCAGCCCCUGAGAAUCGCACAUUCAAGGAGCACCAACAAAUCUGUGGAGAAAAUUGCUGCCCCACAUCUAAGCCCAGGACAUACCUGUGCUGCCAGUGCCAGAACAACAACUAUCAGGUCUUCAGAUCUGCCAAUCUGCCAGAAGCUGUUAAAUCAGCCAAGCUGAAGAAGCAAGAGCAGCAUCUCCUGCUUGUUCAGAGUGAGCGGUCUGUCUACCAGAAGAUGGUUGCUGACAGUACACUAUCCUUCUGA